CAUACCGUACCCACCUUUCUUCUUUUGCUCGACUCAUUAUAAUCUACCAGACCAACAUCCCUUACGUUAUACAAUAAUUAUUGAUCAAGUUGGUGAAUUUUUAGUGAAAUAUGUAAGUCUAUUUGUCAUUAGAAGAUUUUUUUCAAUUCUUUCCAAGAAUUAAAAGUGAGGGUGAAACAAAAAUUGUCAUGGCGGACAAAUCGGAAACUGUUAUGUACUCACAACUUCAACCAUGGAGCACAGUUGGUGCGGUGCCAUGUAUGGAACAAACAGCAGGAUCUCCAACUCCCGCACGUAUCGGUCAGUAUUACCAAACACCUCGCCCGCACCCUUGGCGACCAACACUGGGAUACGAAAACAUCGAAGUAAGGCCGCUACCCAGUCAACCUGUUACAAAUGCAAUUGUGGAUCCUUGCUAUACCCCUUACGGCAUGUCGACGGAGCCCCUCAAGUUUCCCAAUUUGGUGACUGGUUUUGAACGAAAUCCCGCACACGCUGCACGUGCCGCACUCUACACACGUUACACCCCAUUAGAAUGGACGCACACGAAUUUGAAAAACUACAACGAAUCCGAUACAAACAGAAACUAUUCCGAACGCUUACGUGGCGAUUUUAUCAGAGUAAUGAGAGAAACGGAUGAAAAAACGCAAGGAGGACAGAGGGAAGCUGGCAGGCGAUUAGGUGAAAGAAUCACGGAUACGACAUUUUGGAGGAAUGAGGCGAGGGCGGAACUGGAACGACUAAUAACUGAAAACGACUUGCUGCAAGAAGCGCGGAGAAGCCUUCAAAAAUCAAUUUUGGACAUCGAGGGACCAUUGCACAUAGCGCAGGAGUGCUUGUAUCAGCGCGAAACGCGGAAAGGAAUUGAACUAGUGCACGACCAACCCGAACAGGCACUGCUAAAAGAAGUGGAAACAUACAGAAAUGCUCAAGAGCGCCUCAACGCCCUUAUGAACAGAACCAAGAGCCAACUCAGCAACUGCAGAGCGGCUCAGCACGAGCUCGAAACUGACGUUCACAGUAAAGAGUCCGCCUUAGGCAUUGACAACAUGUGCCACCAGUUGAACAACUUCUCGCGCGGUAUUAAUUAUUACGGAGGAAUCGAAAACUACGAUCCCACGGUAAGCACGACGACCUCGUGGGCCGAAAACAGUAACAGAAUUGUCCAACGGUCGCAAGCCGAAAGAGGAAAAUCGGCACAGUUGAGAUCCGACAUCGAGAGUCUGAUUAACGCGGUAUCGGCCGAAGUUUGGGACUCUUGGAGUAAUACGAAUAAUGCGUUGGCUCGUAGAGCGGCCGAAACGUUGGAAACUAAGAGCAAACUUCAAAUGCAUCUUCAUAAGGUGCAACAAGAAAUAUUUGAAAUUGAAAAAUACAUUGAAUUAUUACGCAAAGCCAUUCAAGAUAAAUCUGCGCCCAUGAAAGUUGCGCAUACUAGAUUGGAGACGAGAACACACCGCAAAGAUGUUGAAUUAUGUCGUGAUAUGGCCCAAGAUAGAUUGGUACAAGAGGUGCGAGAUUUACAAGACAACAUAGAAUACUUACAUCGUAAAUUACAAGAAGCCGAAGCUCAACAUCAACAACUUUUGAAAACAAGAACCACUUUAGAAUCCGAUUUAUAUAAUAAGGUCAAUACAUUGUUCAUUGAUCGCGAGAAAUGUAUGGGAAUGCGACGCUCAUUCCCGAUCACUGCCACCAUUAAAUAUUAAUUGUAGUUCUUUCACUUUUGAAAUUAUAGAGUUUUUCUUUGUACCUUAUUCUACACACUAAAUACAUUUUCACCUACUAGUCCAACUAAUUAAUACAUCAAAGGCACUAACUUUUACAUGGAAAUGCAAAGUUUUGGACAAGGACCAGUGUUACCGAUCGAAGAUAAUUGCUAUUUUCAUAUUAACACAGGCGAUACCACAUUUCUUUGAGGUAGAAAUCAUCGCUUACUUAGGACUUAGGAGCAUAAGGAAUUUCAAGAAAUUCGCAAAGAACAUACCCAAAAAUGUAGGUAGAGUUCCUUCUCGUUAAAUAAUUGCAUGGUGGCCGAGAAAAAAAGAUCAAAUGCAAAUUUUGGGACAUUUUGGAUUCAUAGUUUAUUGGAAAAAAAAUUAGGUGCUUUAGCACUCAAUUCCUUUAUAAUGGAACUUCCAUGGAAGACAAUAGACAACAGUGCCUGUCUUAAGAGAGAAAGAAAGAAGAGUACUUAAAUCAUCAAAAAACUAAAAAUUUGUCAGAUUUGGAAUCCAGGGGAGAUCCGGCUCGAGUUAUAUAUAGAUUUAUAUCAGAUGUGCAUAGGUAUAAAUAAAUAAAUAAAACUCGAUUUUUGUAACAAUCAAACGAUGACUCAACCAGAGAA